GGUUGUUCCGGUGGAAAGUGGAUUUGCUGCCUCAAGACAGGCCCUUUUAGAGUAGCGUUAUUUAUAUUUUAAAGGGUAUAUGUAAUUUUUUUAGCCCGGUAUGGCUUCACAUAACAAUACAGUGGAGCUGCUUGGUUUUUCCUGUAAAAAGUCGGCGCUUUAACGCCGCCUUUUGCUGUCCAGCUCUCUCACGACUGAAGAAACAAUGCAGGCCUAGCUAAAAGCAGCGCUAGCUAGCGGGGGCUAAUCGGAUAACGCUGCUCCAGAGUACCGCAGUACUGGGAUUUAAACCCUGGACCAGGCCGCUUCCAAGCUGUAACAACAUCCAAUCCGGUAUGAAAACACUGUUUUUAUAUUCAAUAUUGUUUCUGUGUUUCUUCGCCGUCUAUUUUAUCUUUAUUUUGGUGAGAUAAUCCACCAAGAAUCUAACGCAGUAUUUACUCAAAGUUAACAUAUUAGCUGUUUAGCAUUAGCCUGUUAGGUAAUCCUGCUUUGUUGAUCCUCAGUGUUGGACAGGGAGUAAAAGACGAUAUUGUAAAAAUGAGGGUCAAAUGUGUCGAUCCAAUAGCGAUAGUCUGAUUCUAAAACGGGACCGACCCGAACUGGACCUCCAUGAUAGUCUUACACAGCACCAGUCAACCUUACACACACACAGUCACAUUGUUAGUGGGUGGAAACUGGAACUGAAUGUAUUUUCUUCCUUGUUGGAUCUCCAUGAUGGUGUUUUUUAUGCAUCUAGGCCUUCUCUUUUCAGUCCAGCUUGUCAUGGAAAAACAAAAAACACCGAGCUGUCAUUGAGUUGGCAUGACUCACCGAUGGGAUCAACUUUUCGGGGCUUAACUCUAUCUAAUUUUGUGCACUUGUGAGAGAUGACAGUUCAGUCGAUCCUGUCUUCACCGGGCCUCCCCGUUGAGUUGUUCUGACUUCUAACCUGAACACGAAAGAUGUCAGUCUAAAAACUGAACAGUCAGAAGUAGAGGCAGGCGUGAAGAGAAGUGAUCACACAGGGCAAAAAAAAGUCUUGUUCUCAUUUUUCCCCUGACUCAUUUAUGAGAAACAGUACACGUUCACACUGGCUGAGAUGCCCUCUAUCUAUAAUACAAAAAAGUUUGACGUACAUUUUCCUCUUUUGAAAAAAGGUGUCGUUUUCAUCUAAUCUAACAUAAGAAAUUUGGGAAAACAAAACCAAAUAUGCCAAAAAACUUGGAAAAACAAUUGAUCAGGGAAAUAUUGAGAAGUGAUCACCAAGUUAAAGCCUCUGAUAAAGAAGCCUGAGAAUUAGAGUUGGAGUCCUAGGGUAGUUCUUGAUACUAAGUCUAUGAAGGGCUGGGCGAUAAAACGACAAUGAUAUAUAUUGAAAAUUAAUUUCCCUCUAUAUCAAUAUAAAACAUGGUCAAAAUGCUUUUCAAUAGUGGGUAUUCAGUCAUGUUUUGGUAGACUACAUGAACAGCCAAUGAAAAGGGGAGUUGCUCCGGGUCCGCUUCACACUGAGCCAAUCAUAUGCUGAAUUAGAACCAAGUAGCAAACAACUGUGUAGUAGCAGGCUGCAGCUACAAGCAACCAUAACACUUUAACAUUUGAAGCCCAAAGCACUGUUGGUGAGAAAAAAAGAAAACGAGUGCUACCCCUGACAGAAAUGCAGAUGAAGGCUCAACAGGUGAUGACAUCCUCGACAAUACUUGCACGAAAACAUUGUUGGUGUGGAGGUAUAUUGGUUUUUUGAGGUUGGACAUGAAGCAGAGUAAUGUGUACUACAAAUUAUGUUGAGUACAUGUUCUCGCAAAGUCGGGGAAUACCUCAAAUCUUUUUCAUCACCUGAAGCAAUGCCACACGGGAGAGCAUGCGCAAUGCAAAAGGUUACAAACCCUGAGCAAAGCAAUGAGCCCAUGGCGCCUGUGCAGCUGAAACAGCCGAGCAUUCAGUCUGCUUUCACCAGUGCAACGCCUUACGACAAAAUGUCGAGGAGACACUAAGACCUCACAGAUACAGUAGCUUAUGGUAUUGCAAAAGACAUGCUACCAAUCAGCACUGUUAAAUUUAAUUUUUCAAUCGUGAUAUAUAUUGAUAUCAACUGAUAUGAAAAAAAGAUAUUUUGAUAAACUUUUUCCCAUAUCGCCCAGCCCUAUGUACAUGUUUUUUUUUUUUUUAAUUGAAGAAUGAUGUUCUUUUCAUCUUCUCUAACAUCAGAAAAUUGAGAAGACAAAACCACAUAUGGCAAAAAACUUUGAAAAUUGUACAUAGCCUUUUAUAUUUUAUACUUGAUAUAUGUCCUGCAUGCUCUUAUUAUUUUCUAUUCUAGUAUUUUAUAUAUCAUUCUCCGUUUAAUGUUGCACCAUCAUGCCGUAAAAAAUUCCUAGUCUGUGAAUCCUGUUCAUUGACAAUGGCAAUAAAACCCCCUUCUGAUUCUGACUCUGAAAACAAUUGAUCAGGGAAAUAUUGAGAAGUGAUCCUCAAAUAAAAGCCUCCACUUAAGAAGCCUAAGAAUUAGAGUUGAAGUCCGAGGGUAAUUUUUGAUACUAAGUCUAACCUUUAUUAAUGUGUAAAGGAUGACAUGAGCAGUGCAUUGUGAGAUCUAAAAUGACCGUCAGGCAGUCAGAUAUAGAAAUUUCUAUUAUCAGAUGCAUUAAUUAUACGCACACAUUGACAGCUUACACAUGUUGGCUGCACUUAGUAGUGUACUUAUGUGUUGGAAAUAGAAAAAGUACUGAAUGUCUUUAUUUAAAAGAAGAAAGCACUUUUAAGGUAGAACAAAGUGCUGAUAGUGUUGUUUAAUUUUGGUUCUAAGACAAAAAGACAGUAACAAAAAGAAUAACAAGUAAUUGUAAUACAGGAGAAACUUGUGUUCUUCACAAAGGAAGAAUAAAUGCGUAAAUAUCAAUAUAUGUUUCAGAAAAAAUGAGUAUGAAAUAUCGUCAGAGCAGAUAUUUGCAAAAAUCAGCAUUCAGCAAACCUAUUAAUUGAACCUUAUUGAUGUUUUGCAGCUAUGAGCUCCCAGCUGCAGGUCUUCUCCCCUCCCUCCAUCUCCUCCAGUGCCUUUUGCCGUGUCAAGAAGCUGAAGGUGGAGAGCAACGUUUGGGAUGUGAGCACCACUGAAGCUUACGGCUCCAUAGCUGGCCAGUCAGCAUACACUUUUACCCCGGCGAUGGCUGUGCCACCCUUUGCACCAUCCUUGGUUUUUCCUCCCUCAGCACCUGGCUCCAGAGGCCAAGUGGUGGUCCGGGCGGCUGACAGCACCGGUAGUCUUCCUCGUGGAUCCAGCCGGAGGGUCACAGAGCAGGCAACAUCCUCCUCUUAUGCUCAUGCCGAGACAUCAUCUGAAGCAAGGGGCCACAGGCACGGGCAGAAGAGAAAGAUUGAGGAGGCCAGUGAAGGCAGUGGGAGUGGAUGUGGCAGUGUGCAAAUACUAGAGGAGCUCUCGGCUCCUGCAGCAACCUACUCCACCCGCACUGGUGGGGGAGGAGGAGGAACGGGCCAGUCUAUACCCCACUCUGCUCCUACUACAAAGAGCAGCAGCUCUAACGGUGAAGGGGACUAUCAGCUGGUGCAGCACGAGAUCCUCUGCUCUGUGUCCUGCAGCUAUGAAGUGCUGGAGUUUCUGGGAAGAGGCACGUUCGGACAAGUUGCCAAAUGCUGGAAGAGAGGCACCAACGAGAUAGUGGCUAUCAAGAUCCUGAAAAACCAUCCUUCUUAUGCUCGCCAGGGCCAGAUCGAGGUAAUCAAACAACAUUUCAGUUAACCUGUUUUAAAAGGUUACCAACAUCACUAGAGGCUAAUGGUUUCAUUCGUCAGUGUUUUUUAUUCUUUUUCAGAGAGCUCUGCAGCACAAGCAAAGUGUGUUUUGUGGCUACAUGUAGGCUAUAGGUUUAGUUUAGUGUAGCAUAAGGAGUGAAGGGUUAGGAAAAGUUAAUGCUGUUUAGUGAAAUGCACUGGCAAGCAUUUGAUUGGAACUGUAAUGAUACUGGAUUUGUGAUGCAAAUUGAAAUAUGAAAAGUAGUCUCAUUUUUGAUAUAUUAUUUUUCAAAUUUUUUCCUUAACUAUUCAGUAGGCAGCAAAAAAAUGUAGAAUUGUAGACAGUCAUAUUCAUAGUAAGGUGUUUAAGUGUUUGUCGCUCCUCUUUUAAAAGGAAGGAGAAAAACUAAUUAGGAUUUAUGAGCGAGGAGUGAGUAAAAAAAAGUAUUUUCAAAGGUAUUUAGUUGUCUUCAUAAGCACUACUUGAGAAGCAGUCAGGCAACUCACACUGACAUGCAAGGUUAAAAAUAUUCAAGACAGCAAAAUUAAAGACAUAACUACUGCAACUUUUUCAUGUACACAGAAAAGUUGGUGCACAUUGUGGUUUCUUGUCAGAAAACAUAAACAAACAUGUGUUUAAAAGUAACAGGGAUUUCUUUGUUUCUUGAAUAGGUGGGCAUCCUGAACCGGCUGAGUGCUGAGAAUGCAGACGAGUACAACUUUGUGCGUUCGUAUGAAUGCUUCCAACACAAAGGCCACACCUGCCUCGUGUUUGAGAUGCUGGAGCAAAAUCUUUACGACUUUCUGAAGCACAGCAAGUUCAGCCCGCUUCCUCUUCGCCACAUCAGACCCAUCUUGCAGCAGGUCGCUAGACGCUCAUGAAGUCUCUUUCAUAUGAAAUCAGAAUAACAGUUACUAUUUGAAAUGAAAAAGCUGCAUGUUUUUUAUUCUGAAUGUUACACCUGAACUAAUCGAUGUGUAUCUUCAGGUGGCCACAGCGCUGAUGAAGUUAAAAAGCCUGGGUCUGAUUCAUGCAGACCUGAAGCCUGAGAACAUCAUGCUUGUGGACCCUCUCCGACAGCCCUACAGAGUGAAGGUCAUUGACUUUGGCUCAGCAAGUCACGUGUCCAAAGCUGUCUGCUCCACCUACCUGCAGUCUCGCUACUACAGGUUGGUGGCAGGAAUCCUUUUUUUUUUUUUUACGUCCAAAUCGAUCUUUCUAUGUAAUCUUAAGAGUGGUGAAAUAAAAACUACACACCACAUCUCUUCAGCACUGUUUCCUCAGUGUGAAUCCUGUCAUUUUGUGUUUGCUGUCCAGGGCUCCAGAGAUCAUUUUGGGUCUGCCGUUCUGUGAGGCCAUCGACAUGUGGUCUUUGGGCUGUGUGAUUGCUGAGCUCUUUCUGGGCUGGCCUCUCUACCCUGGAGCUUCGGAGUAUGAUCAGGUCAGUAUUAGUGGUAGUUUGCUGUGCUUUUACAUGGGAAUAGAAAAGAAAUCAAAUUCAUCCAACAACCUGAAGUAAAAAAAAAAAAAAGAGGCCAUGAGUUGUUUGCUGGUUAAGAGUUGUUAAAGUUAUCUGAAAUUUCCCUCUAGUUUUGAUUUCUGCUAAGUGAUACCACCACGAAGCCGAAGAGCAAGCAUAGCUAACUUUUUUAGAAACUGUUUGGUCUCAGUCUGCUUCUUAAAUUGAAACAUUUCUGCUUCCAGAUCCGUUAUAUUUCUCAAACCCAAGGCCUGCCUGCAGAGUAUUUGCUGAGCGCCGGCACCAAGACCAGCCGUUUCUUCAAUCGGGGCCCUGACUCUAGCUACCCCCUCUGGAGGCUGAAGGUCAGUUAAACUCUUCUGUUAAGAAUCUGUCUGUUCAGUAGGAGCAUCAGAAAUGUUGAGUUAUGAUGAAACACUUGGAAGUUUUGAUUGUUCUAAUUAUUUGACAGGUUAAAUCACAUUCAUACUUAAAACCAAAAAUGAUUUUCUCCUUCAGACCCCCUCUGAGCAUGAAAUGGAGAUGGGCAUCAAGUCUAAGGAAGCCAGAAAGUACAUUUUCAACUGCCUGGAUGACAUGAUGCAGGUAAAUGUGCAUAACAGGGUUGAAAUUUUCAACACUAUACACAUUAUAAAGCAUUUUAUCAUGACUUACAAGGUCAGGUAUUAUAAUAUGUUAUGCUUAUUAUUAUAAAGCUUUAUGAUAAUUAAUGAGUGUUUAUAAUGAUAGUUAAACAUGUACAUUAUAACACAUUAUAAAUAAAUGUAUAAUGCAUUAUAUACGUGGGCAUUGUCAGUGAGUUGUUAACAGUUAUAACACAUUAUAAUACCUGACCUUGUAAGUCAUGAUAAAAGGCUUUAUAGUGUGUUAUGAUAAUUCCUAUAAAGCAUUAUGAUCAUUUAUAAGUGUUUAUUACUUUAGUCAUACAGUGCUAUAACGUGUUCAUAAUGCAUUAUACAUAUAUUUAAAAUGCGUUAUAGAGAUAGGCGAUAAGUGUUACCAAAUAUUUUCAUCCCUCCUGGUUUUUUAAUGCGUUUGGAUGCUGUUUUGCAGGUCAAUCUUUCCUCUCAUCUGGAGGGGACGGACAUGCUGGCUGAGAAAGCAGAUAGACGAGAGUUUAUCGACCUCCUGAAGAGAAUGCUGCGCCUGGACGCCGAAAAAAGGAUCACACCAACAAAGACGCUGGGUCACCCUUUUGUCACAAUGAGCCACCUCAUGGAUUAUCCCCACAGCUCACAGUAAGUGUGUGAUAUACGUAGAAAUGCUGAUUUGUCAUAGAUAUUUUGAUUAUGACUAGUAAUAUAAUCACUGAAAUGCUUUUUUGUCUCUUCUGUAGUGUGAAGUCCUGCUUCCAGAACAUGGAGAUCUGCAAGCGCAGAAGCUCCUAUGAUAACAAUAAAUCCCUGUACUCCACUAAUUCAGUCCCCAGUGCUGCUGCAGGAAACCUCACUGUUACUUUCAGUAGCCAACUCAACCAGCAUAACCAGGUUCGAAUUGUAUCUUCAUCACAAGUUUAUUUGGCCCCUGUGUGGACCUGUAGGGCCUCUCGUAUUUACCUGUAGAGUUGUUGAUUGUCUUAACAGGUGCCUUCAGCAGGGGGAGCGGUGCCUUUGCUCAACUACCAGCCAGCUUUGUACCAGCAGGCAACCAUUAACAUUCCCGGGCUGACGCAACAGAGUGUCCCGAUCCCAACACGCCCUGCUGGGCUGUGUAGUCAGACAGAACCCUUCCAGCAGACUCUCAUUGUCUGCCCACCCUCCACUAUUCAAGGUACGGCAGAGAGUAGUUUUUGGAAUGAAAACAGAGGUUUGUCAUGUUGUUAUGUCACUCAUGAUUACCUCGUGACAUUUCCAGGGCUACAGCCAUCUAGUAAGAGUUCCAGUUUCCCUGUGAGGAUGGAGAACUCUGUACCAAUAGUACCUCAGAACCAGUCUGCUCAGUCCCUGCAGAUCCAGCCGAGCAUGCUCACACAGGUAAGAGUUAAAUCUCCCGUAUGUGAGGAACUUUUGGUUGUCGUUGAUUUUGGUGUUUCCCUGUGGUCAAAGUGAUGCCUCUCAUUUCUUGUCCUGUACAAGCGAAAGGUAUUUCUUGUUGUGAAAAUAAAGGAGGCUGUUUAAUCAGCCCACUAACAACCAUCUCAUGCAUUUGUGUCUCAUAGCGGCUUUAACCGGAACUUGAGAUGAUUAUCUGGAAAUUGUUCCGACAAAGGCAAGACCGAGAGAGAAACUGCUGUUUUUUUCUGCUUUAAUUUUGGAUUAAUCUGUCUGUACCACACUUAUUUGGUUAUUUAUUUAGGAAAAGAUAGACAGGGCAAGUGUUGACAGACAGUGCAGUACUUAGCAAAUGUGGUGCAUGCACAAGGAUGAAAAUGAAAGAAUAUCUGUAAACCAAGAGGUUUGUGGAUUGCAGCACCAGAUAAGACGAUUCCCAGGAUUAAAUUCAUUUAUGGAACUGUGAGUAAAGCGUUAACUUUUAUGAUAUUGACAGGACUGUGGUUUUAACAGCUUUGUACAGAUUGAUUCGACCCCCGUCUACAUGUGCACACGUUUAAGCCAUCGGACUUUUAGAGGCCUGAACUGAGGGUUGCAGAAAAAAACUCUGGCAACAUCUUUGGAUGAUAUCAUGUCAUCAGCACCAAGCUGAGAGCAGCGCUGCUCAGUCUCGCACCUUCCUGGAUGCACUGAUUGCAUCGAAAAUCCUGCCUUUUUAGGCGGCUCCUGUCAUUGCUGCCAAGAGAGCAAAAGUUUAGCAGGAACUGAGGUUAAAAUUGGAUUUUUCCCACAACAUGUUUACUUUAAAACAUUGACACCUCCUGACCCGGGGACUAACAUGGCACGUCCAGGCUGUUGUUGUUUUUUUGUGUCUUUGCUGAUUGUGUUUGCCUUGGAUCUGCUUCCAGGACUGAUUGGAUGGCCACUCAGGGCCAGGUCUCUCUUUAUUCCCAGUCUCCUUUCUGGGAUAGGGGCCAGAUGUUUUAUGCAGGAGGCUCAUCUGGCUGAAAAAAGCGAGAUUGUAACUUUUUGCCAAAAUGAGGAGUGAUUGCUGCACACGACAGAGGUCAGGUGUCCAGAUGGCCAGUGGUGUGCAGCUGGUUUGAUCCGCUCUGUCCCCUUUUUUGGUCUGAUUCUUGAAGGACAUUACUUGUACCCUAACCCCUCCUCCCCUUAUCCCCCUCUCCCAGGGUUCCUGCACACCCCUGAUGGUAGCCACCCUGCACCCUCCCUCAGCAGGCAUAGCCCCCCAGUACUCUCUGCCCCUUGGGCUGGGCAGCGGGGUGGGUCGGCCCACUCUCCUGGAGCACACAGCCACAGUGCUGGUAAAGCAACGAUGAGCUCCCUGAAGGACGAAACGCACAUGCACACUCCCUCUGUCACUAACAAUGCCAUCUCUCUCCUGCCCCACUCUCCCGUUUUCUUCAACUUUUGAUUGCAAGCCUCCCUCGCCCUCUGUGGCUCAUUUUAUGCAUCAUUUUCCUUCACGUUGUUUUUUUUUCCACAUUUCAGACCUGUUUUGGUUUUUACAUAUUUUUAUAAGAAAGCAUUUUGGUGGAUCUGGAAAUACCAUAGCCAUUCUUAGUAUUGACUUGAUUAAAUCCUUUUCUACAUCAUAGCAAAAUUUAUAAUCUAUUUCCACUCCAGAGGACCACCCCUCCCCCACCAUCCACACAGUCUUCUCCUUCAUCCCCUCCCCCACACUCUCUCCCCAUAGGUUAUGCUGAGGGCAUGGAGCGCAUGUGUUGCUGAGUUGGUCUGCGCUUUGCUUGCAGCUUCUCUUGUCCUGUCUUUCUUUGGUUUCAGCAAAAAGGAGAUUGAAGCCACAAAAAAAAUCCCACUAAAACAGCCCGACUCUCUGACACACAUCUUUUUGUUUCAGCCCCAGAACAUGUGGCAUGCCUUUCCCCACAAGACGGCUUAUCAGCAGGCCGUAUGGCCUCAGUGAACUAAACAUUUUUUCUUUCCUCAGUGUUUCUUCUUUAACAGGCACCAUGGUUCUGUGUCUACUCGUCUUUUCACCUGAUCUGACUGUUCACAGUGCUUCAUUGUUCGUGCUUUGCAUGGUUUCAUCUCAUGCAUUUGUUGCAGGGCAAUGCUAUCAGUAGGGAAUGGCUUUGGGGAAGUUGCUCGCUUAUCUAGUUUUGUGCUUUAGAACAGACUGGCGUCUUUGGUUUGCCUCUUUGUCUUUGAAUUAUUUCUCAGCAUGGCUCAGUUUUUUCUGGCCUGUUGCAGCGAUCAAACAUAUAAAAACAUGUUUCACCUAACAGGGACUAACAGGUCUAACACACACUAAAUAAGUCUCUUUUUGUUUGUUUGUUUUCUUCAGCAGGCCUGGCCAACUGGCACCCAACAGAUCCUGAUACCAUCGUCAUGGCAGCAGGUACCAGGUGUGGCCAUCCACAGCUCUGCCCACCAGUCCUCUGUCGCUGAAUCGCCGCUGGAAACUCUUGAUGCAUCCAUGCAGCAAGGUCACAGCUGGAGGUCGGUCAAACAAAUCAUCAGUCCAGUCUGUUGAAGAGUUUAAAGUUUUAUGCUGGUGUGGCUCAGUGUGCUAAAGCUUUAAGUGCACAUUACUGUAGCUGAAAUUCUCAAUCUUGGCUCUUUGUUUCAUGUCUACUCCCACCCUCUCUUCUCCUAACAUUUCCUGUAUCCUUUCAACUGUCUUAUCUAGUUGAGGCUUAGUGGCCUGAAAAAUACCCACAAAAGCAUUUUUGCAUCUUUUUCUGAGACCUCUGUCCUUCUUCCUCAUUAUAAUUCAGAGACGUCCAUUUUAAACUUCUUUAGAUAUUUUCACUUUAUCCCUGGUGAAUAAAAGAGUUAUUGUAGUUGUUGCUAUGUUACAAAUUAUAGAAAUAGUUGAAUAUGAGUUGGAUAAUUAUUAUUAAAAUAGAACCAGCAGGACCACCUGUGCUCCUAAGUUGAACAGGUAAGGAGCACACAAAGAACUCUAGGGGCACAGUGAUAAUUGAUGAAAUAAUGUUUGUCUUAUUGGUCGACAUAAGUACUUUAUUUGAAAUCAAUUUUAGGUCUUUUGAUCACACGACAUAGAAGCUAUUGAAGAAAAUGUUGAAAAUUUGCCUUUAAAUGUAACACAAAAAAAAUGUUUAGAGGACAGAUUAGGAAAUAAAGUGGUGUGUCUUAUUGUCUGACUGUAGUACUACCAUUUGAUAUCAGUUUUAGGUCAGCUGGUCAUGUGACAUAGAAGCCAUUGAAGGAAACCAACCUUUUUGAGAACAUCAACUGGUAAUUUAUUGACGGUCCCUUAUUCAACACCGGACGUUGACAGCGAGGGUGCUGAGUAGAUUUAACCACACUGCUGUUGUUAUUCCCUGUUAUGAAGAGUGAGAAGACACGGUAGAUCUGCAGUGAAUGUCCGUCGGAUAUCCAACCUAAAAGUAACUGCUCUGCAGUAUUUACAUAAAAAAACAUUUGUUGCCUCGGCCGAAUUUUUUUACAUGUGGGCAUAAAUACAUUUUACAAUUCAUACACCUCUAUUUUUGGUUGCAAAUGCGAGUAAAACAGUCGCACUGUCGAGCCCUGCCCAGUAGAAACAAUCAUAUGUGGUGUAAGUCAGUAACUAGUGAUAAACAACAAUUAAUAAUAAUAUCAAAGGUAAAAAACCAUGUGUUAAAGGCAUCUGCCGCUUACACUGUCUUCUGCUUUUACCCAAAUAGGGGUACAACCCAAACCAGGAGCCAGCAGGAGAGGAAGAAAGUGAAAGCCAGACGUGCUGAGAACAGAAACAGGUUGGUGUAGAGACUAAGUUUUCAUCUGUCUCAUGGUUUUCAGUUUUUGGGAUUAAUCAGUGACAACAACUGAAAUCUCUCCAAAAGUGAAGGCUGGAAUUAUUUGUUUGUAUGUUUUUUUUUUCCUAUGGUAUCACAGCUUUAAUCACACUGAACAUUGUCUUAUGUCUUUCUGCACAGAGGUAUAUCUACUUCAGCAUUGCUCAACAGCAAUGGUGUGACCCCUCCCAGCUCCAGCGCCGUGUUGUCGCAGCCAAUCAUUAUCUCUGACACACCCAGCCCGGCGGUCAGCAUCAUCACCAUUCACAGCGACACAGACACUGAGGAUGAGCGCAAGUUCCAUCCUGCCAGGUAAAGGAAAGAGGUGCUAAGGCUCCCAUCGAACAUUUAACCUGUUCGCUCGAUUAAAGUGUUGAUCUGACAGAACUGGUUGAAAAAGCAGCUGAUGUUGUAAUCAAGGGUAAUUAUGGGAAACAGGCGUUUUUCAGCCUCUGGUGAAAAAGUCUUUCUAUGUUUACACAGCGUCGGUCUGAGCCAGCGGACUAACGUCAUCAGCUGUGUGACUGUGCACGACUCGGACUCGUCCACAGCUAGUCCCCUGACCCCUCUGCCCCGUACUCUGAACCCAGCCGCCACUGUGUCAUCCCGCCAGGCCAAGUCUUUGGCAGUGGUGGCCCCUUCAGUCAAAAGCCAGGGCUCAGAGAGGGGAGCGGUCUCACGAGGACGCCUAGACACUGGUGAGAGUCACGGAUAGACUUUUGUGUGAUCACCCAUGAAUUUUGGUUUCAUUAAAAAAAAGAAAUACUGACUGAUUUAUCAUGGCAGUGAACUACAUGAAGCCUAAAAGGUCAUCCAACAGGCAGCCCUGCAGCUCAGGAGAGAGCAUGGAGCGUCAUGGACUGGUGCCCAGUCAGUCACACCCCUUAAACCUCAGCCAGGUGAGAUUUUUCUACCUUUGAAUGAUGGAACAUGUGAUGUAUGUACAGUUGACUUGUUAGGGGGAAAUUUCCUUGACCGGCCAAGAGCUCAACAUGAUUAUUUAACCGCGUCAAGGGCAAGGCAGCAGACGCUUGAGGCUGUCAGUUAGAGACAUUCCUACCAAACUGGAUCUCAUUACUUUGAACAAGAGUUAGUGACAGAGAAACAAAAAAAACAGGUAGUUAAGUAGUUAACUGUGGCUCCACACAGAGUUGUGGAAUAGCUGUGGUCAAACUGCAGGUUUUAUGAUGUUUUUCUUUGUGCAGAGGCACGUGAGUCAACAAACACAGACGUCGGGAAACACAAGUUACAUAAGUCAUAAUGUCUGAGUCAUGUGAUGUUUUCACUGUAAACUUACUGCACUGACUUUUUUUCACCUUUUCACACUCAAACUUUUCCAGCAAGAAUCCUGAUGAAAGAUUAAAACUGUUCAGUUUGAUUCCAAAUCCAACAUCUGUUCCUUCGAUCUAAGGUGCUCUCUGCUGGACAAACGCUGUAAUGACAGACGAGUUUAUUAAAUGACUUGAAACAGACUUUCACUUUUGAUAUGUCGCAUUUAUUUUUUAUGCACCUGUGUAUUUUAAUGCUAGCUUUAAUACGAUAGAAUAUGUGUAAACAUCACUGGUGAGAGGAUGAUUGAGAGGAUUAAAAAGAGAGAAAAAAAAUCUUAGCUGAUGUACAAAUAUCCAAAAAUGUCCUUUUAGAGGGUCCGAUGCUGCCAGAAUAAACAAACGUUGUAAGGGUUUUCUUAGAGCAGGAACUAUUUAGAAUAUUUCAAGCUCACAUAAAAUGGAAACUGAUCUGCCAUACAGCAACUCCAGAUUUAAAUCAAAGAGGAAACUGUUCCGUUCUUUUCAAUAAAUCAAAACGUUUCAUUUUUAUUGAAGACACUUGUUCCUUUUUUCUGUUCUAGGUUCAGCCUGUGGUUUCCUCAUCUCAGGAGCGCUCUCACAGCGACUCGUCCCUGCGUCGCCAGCAGACGUUCCCUCCAGCGGUCUCUGCCUCUCACUACAACUUCCCUGAGGUGUCAGCCCUAGCCUCAGCCUCGGCCUCAGCCCCGGGCCCCAGCCUUUACACCUACCCUGCCUCCACCGCCCUCUCCUCGGCCUCUCAGGCCAUGGAGCAGUUGCUGGGUCGUGGUCACGGCAGCCACAGUCACUCACCCUCAGCCUAUGCAGCAACAUACACCUCAUCGUCCUCCUCCUCCAGGAGGGACUCAAUCGGUCGGAAGGACGCCGUCAGCAGUCUGCUGCACAGCCUCCCCGUGGCCUACCAGCAUCAGUUUGCCACUGGUUCCCCUUACAUCAGUGUGACACCGCGGGCUGAGGCAUACAGUGCCUACCAGCUCAGCCCCCGGCGCCUUGCGCAGUACCCGUACCUAUAGGGAGCUGAGCAGUGAGAAAGUAAAAAUCCCCUCGAACCAUCACAAAGGGACAUUCAAACUGUGUUUCCAGUAGAAUAACUGUUGGUCACUUCUAUGUUUGCUGCUUUUAACCAAGGCAGACUCUCACCUCCAACUCCCUCAAAACGCUCUUCUGAACUGUUUUUAGUGAUUUCCAAAUGUCCUUUGCUAUCAUUUGAAAUCAUGAUAGGUUUGUUCUCUUUUUAGAAUCUAAACCAUAUUAUAUCGCCAUCUUACCCUGAUCAGCUAUAAAGGUGUAUUUUCUCCUGUUUUCAUGGAGGUUUUGUGCAGAGAGAGAUUAUCCUCCUGUCACAACAUGCUUUGACACUUGAGGCUAACUUUUAGACAUGACUCACAAUACUAGUGAGGGGUGAAACGAGCUGUGCGAGUCUUGUUACGGUCUUCACACUCGCCCUACGAGCCCCUUUGUUUUUAGCGAACAUAAUAAUGACAGUACCUUAGCCACAAUUAUGUUUACUCACAAAUGUCUUUUACUAUGUUUAAAUUAUGUUUGCUCAGUGCGAGGUAGGAAGAGGAAGGUCAAUGAAAAUGAAGAGCGGUGUGGUGAAAAAAACUGUGAUGGAUACAUGUUAAUAUAAGUGCACAUGUGAUAGUCUGUUUAUGUAGUGACUGUGUUUUUAGGCAGGAGUCGUCAUGUCCUUAUGCAAUAGAAACUUUUCCUUUGAAACUGCAUCAACUGAUUGAUGAAUGUAUUAUGAAGUACAGAGGAUUGGAAUCACCAUCCCCGAGUGACGUGAAAAGCUUUUGUUUGAAAAUAUGUUUAAGAAAAAAACUCAACCCGAUUUUCUCUCUUCAAAUAAAUUUUCUUCAAAUCUUUCAAUUGGAGGGAAAACUACUUCCAUGUGCGAAUCCUGACUGUGUAGGACCUGCUUGAUAUUAUGAUGAAUUUAUGGCCAGUUUUUAAGUCGUAUACGGAAGAAAACAGUCUUUUUUUUUUUUUUUUGUCUUUAAUCUCUAUGACACUUUGUAAAAGCUUAGUAUAAGUUGUAUCCCUGCUGUUGGACCUGAGGUGAAAAAUAGUAAAUGCAAUCUUUUAGCGAAUGUUCACCAGGUCAGUUUCCUUACAAUAAGAUAUAAGCUUUUCCCAGACAGAUGUCCCUAAAUGUUAAAAAUUCUGUCACUUUUUCACUUGUGGAAACCUAAAACAUGAACGCAACAUUUACACUUUGUAGUGUUGUGUUUAUUUCAAGACAGACCAGCACUGUGUUCUGUGACCGUCUUUAGUUAGAGGAAUGGAAUCUCAAGGUGGUUUCUGUGGCCUACGAACGCCUUUUUUUCUGCUAAAUCCUACCCUGUUGUGUUUGCAUCUGUUUUGUGUUGUAUGUAUUGUCUGUAUAUUUAUCUGUAUUUCAUCUUAACAUAGUAUAGUUAAGAGGCUAUUUGGUAGAACUAAUUCAGGGAAGAAAAAGGUUUCAACUCAAAUAAUCCACUGUCACUGUUUUCAAUAAAAUAACCACAAACUCACGAUGGAUUGGUGUUAUUCUUCAGCCCCUUUUUCC